AUGAUACUCCCUCUACUUUCUGCCUCGCAGGCGCUUGCCGACCUGUUUGGGGAUCCCCGCAAUGCACCGGGGUUCGUUCUGAAACCGCGGGAGGACUAUGACCCUGAAACCAUGGAGAGGAGGUACACCACGCCGGAGACGGGGACAUGGUGGCAUGAGGCGCAGGUGAGAUUGCAACUCGGCCCGAUUAAUGGUGUGCUCACCACUCUCUCUGCCAUCCCAUGUGCUCACCACUCUCUCUGCCAUCUCAUGUGCUCACCACUCUCUCUGCCAUCUCAUGUGCUCACCACUCUCUCUGCCAUCUCAUGUGCUCACCACUCUCUCUGCCAUCCCAUGUGCUCACCUCUCUCUCUGCCAUCUCAUGUGCUCACCAAUCUCUCUUUGCCAGCUCAUGUGCUCACCACUCUCUCUGCCAUCUCAUGUGCUCACCACUCUCUCUGCCAUCUCAUGUGCUCACCACUCUCUCUGCCAUCUCAUUUGCUCACCACUCUCUCUGCCAUCCCAUGUGCUCACCACUCUCUCUUUGCCAGCUCAUGUGCUCACCACUCUCUCUGCCAUCUCAUGUGCUCUGAACUCUCUCUGCCAUCUCAUGUGCUCACCACUCUCUCUGCCAUCUCAUGUGCUCACCACUCUCUCUGCCAUCUCAUCUCAUGUGCUCACCACUCUCUCUGCCAUCUCAUGUGCUCACCACUCUCUCUGCCAUCUCAUUUGCUCACCACUCUCUCUGCCAUCACAUGUGCUCACCACUCUCUCUGCCAUCUCAUGUGCUCUAAACUCUCUCUGCCAUCUCAUGUGCGCACCACUCUCUCUGCCAUCUCAUGUGCUCACCACUCUCUCUGCCAUCUCAUGUGCUCACCUCUCUCUCUGCCAUCUCAUGUGCUCACCACUCUCUCUGCCAUCUCAUGUGCUCUAAACUCUCUCUGCCAUCUCAUGUGCUCACCACUCUUUCUGCCAUCCCAUGUGCUCACCUCUCUCUCUGCCAUCUCAUGUGCUCACCACUCUUUCUGCCAUCCCAUGUGCUCACCUCUCUCUCUUCCAUCUCAUGUGCUCACCACUCUCUCUGCCAUCGCAUGUGCUCACCACUCUCUCUGCCACCAUCUCAUGUGCUCACCACUCUCUCUGCCAUCCCAUGUGCUCACCUCUCUCUCUGCCAUCUCAUGUGCUCACCAAUCUCUCUUUGCCAGCUCAUGUGCUCACCACUCUCUCUGCCAUCUCAUGUGCUCACCACUCUCUCUGCCAUCUCAUUUGCUCACCACUCUCUCUGCCAUCACAUGUGCUCACCACUCUCUCCGCCAUCUCAUGUGCUCUAAACUCUCUCUGCCAUCUCAUGUGCGCACCACUCUCUCUGCCAUCUCAUGUGCUCACCACUCUCUCUGCCAUCUCAUGUGCUCACCUCUCUCUCUGCCAUCUCAUGUGCUCACCACUCUCUCUGCCAUCUCAUGUGCUCUAAACUCUCUCUGCCAUCUCAUGUGCUCACCACUCUUUCUGCCAUCCCAUGUGCUCACCUCUCUCUCUGCCAUCUCAUGUGCUCACCACUCUCUCUGCCAUCGCAUGUGCUCACCACUCUCUCUGCCACCAUCUCAUGUGCUCACCACUCUCUCUGCCAUCCCAUGUGCUCACCUCUCUCUCUGCCAUCUCAUGUGCUCACCACUCUCUCUGCCAUCCCAUGUGCUCACCUCUCUCUCUGCCAUCUCAUCUCAUGUGCUCACCACUCUCUCUGCCAUCUCAUGUGCUCACCACUCUCUCUGCCAUCUCAUUUGCUCACCACUCUCUCUGCCAUCCCAUGUGCUCACCACUCUCUCUUUGCCAGCUCAUGUGCUCACCACUCUCUCUGCCAUCUCAUGUGCUCUAAACUCUCUCUGCCAUCUCAUGUGCUCACCACUCUCUCUGCCAUCUCAUGUGCUCACCACUCUCUCUGCCAUCUCAUGUGCUCACCACUCUCUCUGCCAUCUCAUGUGCUCUAAACUCUCUCUGCCAUCUCAUGUGCUCACCACUCUUUCUGCCAUCCCAUGUGCUCACCUCUCUCUCUGCCAUCUCAUGUGCUCACCACUCUCUCUGCCAUCGCAUGUGCUCACCACUCUCUCUGCCACCAUCUCAUGUGCUCACCACUCUCUCUGCCAUCCCAUGUGCUCACCUCUCUCUCUGCCAUCUCAUGUGCUCACCAAUCUCUCUUUGCCAGCUCAUGUGCUCACCACUCUCUCUGCCAUCUCAUGUGCUCACCACUCUCUCUGCCAUCUCAUGUGCUCACCACUCUCUCUGCCAUCUCAUUUGCUCACCACUCUCUCUGCCAUCCCAUGUGCUCACCACUCUCUCUUUGCCAGCUCAUGUGCUCACCACUCUCUCUGCCAUCUCAUGUGCUCUGAACUCUCUCUGCCAUCUCAUGUGCUCACCACUCUCUCUGCCAUCUCAUGUGCUCACCACUCUCUCUGCCAUCUCAUGUGCUCACCACUCUCUCUGCCAUCUCAUGUGCUCUAA